CAUGACGCCAUUUACAGCAUAUACCCGACCUCCUCUCCGGAAAGAAGAAAAAAACAAGACGAGAAAGAAAAACUUGAAAGCAGCUCAGUGUGCGAUGCAGCCAAACAUCCAACCACCACCGCGACGAGUUUUGAGAAUUCUCCAGCUUACACGCGUGCUUCCUCGCUACAUUUGAUGAUAAACUUCUGUAAAGGGUCGCCGUGGCUCGCGAAAGUGGCUUUGGUGGGAUUUUGAAACUUGUUUUCGUGUGUUUUUUGUGCCUAAAUAAGUUCGUCGGCGAACUCACUGAUUGAUUACUUCUUGGCUGCUGGUCGCGUGUUCAUGUGGAUUGGAAUGCGCUUUCGUGCGCUUUUUAUCCGAAAAAAUCGAAGUGAUUUUGGACAGCCUUUAUGUGGAACCGUAUAUCUGAAUGGGAUUUUGUGGAUGUGCGACCGGAUGGACUAAGGACCAGCGUUGGAAGAAAGUUUACUAGUUCUGGAUAUUAUUAUUACAAAACAAAAACGGAGACUAUAGUGGUGAAAACACGGUCUUCAGAUGUGUUCCCCGCCUGACGGAGAGAGCCCUCACCAGAGUACCGAUGGAGACGAGAACUCAAAAUGGCGGAGUGGGCGGCAGCAUGUCCGGAGGAGGCCUGCUGCGUGCUCUGCGUGAUGGCGGCGGCGGCGGUGGCGGUACCCGGCCUCAGGCUGGCGAUGCCAUCAGCGAGCCUCCUCCCCCGCUCCGGGAACCACCAGUGCUCUCGUUGGACCAGAUCCGCAGCCAGCGCACCAGCAAUGAGUACACCGAAGGCCCCACUGUGGUCGCCGUGCCCGUCAGGCCUACAACCACCACCACCACCACCACAACAACAACACCCUCCUUGCAGGGCAAGCCCGGCGAGAUGGUGGCCCCAUGGACAGGUGGUACAGGCGUCGGGUCCACCACCCAGAACGAGAGCACCCUGGACCCCCAGCAGCAGCAGGAGAGGCUUGUGCCUUUACGGGCCUCUCCGCACCCCCAGCGGUCCACAAUGCACUUGGCUCCUCCGCCGCGGGACGCCCUGACCCCGAGCCGCUCGGUGAGCGUGGAGAGCUCCCAGGCGCCCAGUAGCGUGAGGACUAGUACGGGCAGCUCCUCCUCGGAGCAAAGGCUGCUGGGAGGUAGCUCCCCCGUCACGCCCAGCCGCGUCGUCCGGGUGCAGCCGCAGCCCAAACGCUCCGUGGACAUCAAGUCCGACGACCUGAAGCCCCUGGCGGCGAGUGCGGGGAACCCCGAGGGCUCCCUGGGCAAGCACUCGCACCUGUGCGAGGACUGCCGGCGGUGCAGGUGCAAGGAGUGCGCGCGGCCGCGGCGCCUGCCCAACUGCUGGAUGUGCGGCCAGCGCUGCCUGUGCUCGGCGGAGAACGCGGUGGAGUACGGCACGUGCGUGUGCUGCGUGAAAGGACUGUUCUACCACUGCUCCACGGACGACGAGGACACGUGCGCCGACAAGCCCUUCUCCUGCAGCCAGGCGCACCGCUGCGCCCGCUGGUCCGCCCUGGGCGCCCUCACCCUCCUCCUGCCCUGCCUGCUCUGCUACCUCCCGGCCAAGGGCUGCCUCUCGCUGUGCCAGGGAUGCUACGACCGCGCCGCGCGGCCGGGCUGCCGCUGUAAAAACAGACGUUGGUGUCCACUGCAAGAACGUUGACAAGCCCACGUAAAAAAGGGAGAUUACAGGAGAACGGGAGAAAAGGAUUGUUGUUUUUGGACCUUAUGGAUGGGGUUGGGGUUGGGAAGUGGGUGGAGGGGGGAAACCCUACCUCGAAUGUGAGAAAUUGGUUACGUGUUGGAGAGAAGAGGAGAGAGGUGGCGGGGAGGAAAAAGUAGAGUUUGGGACAGGUGGGGCGGAAUCCCAGCUGGAAUGGACGGGUGCGGUUUGAGUCUGCGCUGUACGCAUGGGCACGAUGUGUCUUUGACGGGACCUGUCUGAAAUUGGCAGUCUUUUUCGGUUCCUUGUUUUCUUUUCUUUUCCUUCUUUGUUUUCACCCUUCUCAGCUGUCAACACUUAAAUGUGGGGUCCUUGAUGAUUCACCGUAAGUGUCCUCUUCCCCCAUAUUGUUAAGCUGAAGACCAGAAUGUUAGCCCUAUUGACAUUCAAUAAUACGACUGAUAUCUUAAAGCAACAGUCUAUUUUUCCUGACUAACUGUUUGUGAAUAGUCUCUUCAAAAGUAUGUAAAUUAGCAAAUUACCUUUUUUUUCCUGUCAGAGAUGUUUUUAUUUUUGUACAUAUAAUAUUUCAACUGUGAAAAAGCAUUGUGCCAAACAAGAGGCACCUUGAUAGAUACUUAUAUAAAUAUAUAUAAAUAUAUAUAUAUAUAUACUUAUAAAGAUAUAGACAUCUAUAUUAUGUUGUACAUUCAUGUGAAUGUACGUCAAUCAAGUUUUGAUAUAUUUGCCUUACAGAAGAAAUACCUACCAUGAAUUAUCCCUUCAACUUUACUUGUAAAAUUGUACAGUGACCUGAAGAAAAGAAGACUUUAUUUUCUAAUUUCAACACAUUGUUAGUGUAAAAAAAAAUAUUUAUUUGAAGUUUUAUUAUUUUAUAAAGAAGUAUUUAUUUGGAGAGGCAUCUUAUAGGAAUCACCCCAUUUUGAGAAAGCCCUUUGUGUUGUUGAUGCAAAGGUGACGAGGGUGUCAUUUGAUGCACAUGUUCACUAUGAAAUAGAAAAUAUAUUAACGUUUGAAAUUAAA